GUCAAUAUGUCAAAUACUGUGGUUAAAAAAAUAUAUGAAUUACACAUAGCAUAACCUACAAUUCUCAAAUUUUAUAGUUUGGUUUUCACCAUACUUGAUUAUUAAACGUGCCGUGUCGUUUAGAUUUCCGGUAUCGACGUAUUUUAUUAAUCAAAAUAAAUAUUUCAGAAAAAUGAGUGAAGCGGCCAACGAGAAGUUAUCCAAGAAUGAAUUAAAACGACGAUUGAAAGCAGAACAAAAAUUGAAAGAGAAAGCAGAAAAGGUUGCACAACAACCAGUUAUAACGACUGAGAAAAAAUCUGCUAAAGCUGAAGAAGAAAUUAGCCCGAACGAAUACUACAAACUUCGUACUGCUGCAGUUGCUGCUCUUAAAAAUGGAUCAAAAGAUGACCACCCAUACCCUCAUAAGUUUACUGUCACGAUAUCGCUUGAAGAGUUCAUUGAAAAGUAUAACAACCUCAAUAGUGGAGAUGUGUUAGAAAAUGUUACCGUAUCUGUGGCUGGCCGAGUCCAUUCGAUUAGAGAGUCUGGUGCUAAACUAAUAUUCUAUGAUUUAAGAGGUGAAGGUGUAAAAAUUCAGGUGAUGGCCAAUGCUAAGAUGUACGAAUCUGAAGAAAAAUUUGUUAUCGAUACUGAUAAACUGAGACGGGGGGACAUUAUUGGCUGUGUCGGUCACCCAGGCAAGACCAAGAAGGGAGAACUCUCUAUCAUACCCACAACUGUUAAACUACUGUCCCCAUGUCUCCAUAUGUUGCCACAUCUUCAUUUUGGUCUUAAGGACAAAGAAACAAGGUUUAGAAAGAGAUAUUUAGAUCUUAUCCUGAAUGACAAGGUGAGACAAAUAUUCUACACAAGAGCGAAAAUAAUUUCCUACAUCAGACGUUUCUUUGACAACAUGGGGUUCUUGGAAAUAGAAACUCCAAUGAUGAACAUGAUCGCAGGUGGAGCUACGGCUAAACCUUUUAUCACACACCACAACGAUUUAGACAUGGACCUUUACAUGAGAAUAGCUCCCGAGCUUUAUCAUAAGAUGUUAGUAGUUGGUGGUUUGGAUCGUGUCUACGAAAUUGGGAGACAGUUUAGGAACGAAGGCAUUGAUUUGACUCAUAACCCAGAGUUUACGACUUGUGAGUUCUAUAUGGCAUAUGCUGAUUACAAUGAUGUAAUAGCAAUCACUGAAUCAUUACUUUCUGGAAUGGUUAAAAGUAUUCAUGGCACUUACAAGAUUAAAUACCACCCAGAUGGGCCUGAUGGGGAGGAGUUAGAAAUUGAUUUCACACCACCAUUUGCAAGGGUGCCCAUGAUUGCUACGCUAGAAAAGGCACUGAAUGUAAAAUUACCACCAGCUGAUCAAUUAGAUACACCUGAGGCAAAUGCUAUACUUAGUCAACUAUGUGAGAAACAUGAGGUUGAAUGCCCUCCACCAAGAACUACAGCAAGACUCUUGGAUAAACUAGUUGGGGAGUUCUUAGAAGAAAAAUGUAUUAAUCCUACUUUCAUUUUAGACCACCCACAGAUUAUGAGCCCAUUGUCUAAAUACCACAGGGAUGUUCCUGGUCUCACUGAAAGGUUCGAAUUGUUUGUCAUGAAAAAGGAAAUUUGCAAUGCAUAUACAGAAUUAAAUGACCCUGCCAUCCAGAGGGAACGUUUUGAGCAACAAGCCAAGGACCGCGCGGCUGGGGACGAUGAAACACCGCCGACAGAUGAAGCAUUUUGCACUGCUCUAGAAUAUGGGCUACCACCUACUGGUGGGUGGGGCUUGGGUGUUGAUCGCCUAACAAUGUUCUUGACUGACUCCAAUAAUAUAAAAGAGGUACUCUUGUUCCCUGCAAUGAAGCCUGAUGACCCUAACAAACAUAAGGAGGAAACGGCAAUAAAUGAAACACCAACCCAAAAUGGAGCAUAAUAGACUAUUUAUAUAAAAUUGUGAUACAAACUCUUGUUUGUUUUUUCUGUAUUACAAUAAAAGUAUUUAAAAAUU